AAUGAAAUCCAGCUGGCUUGUUUGCGCCACGUCGCGCGCCCUGGAGUUUUGCUGGGCCAGCUAGCGGAUCUAGACGUCGGGUUUUCUACCAGCAUUUUGGGGUCAUCUGUUGCAGAGUUUUCUCAGAUUUCCUCGUAUCUAGGAGGACUGAAGACCCACCGAGUAUUUCCUGGGGUGACUGAGUGUGUAGAACCUUGUAUUUGAAGUACAGUUUGUUGUGUAUCUUCGCGGAGGUCUGUUGUUGUGAUUGCGCCAUAAUCCUAUCUCCCUGUUGUGGUCGUCUCACUCAACUUUUGGCUGUGGCUGUGGGCAUCGUUUUGUGGUUUCUACAUCUCGUAGCUCCACCUGAACAGAUCACAGAAGAAGCUGUUGCUUCUGUGACGCUGUGGACGCCAAGAUGAGGGCUGAGGGCGGAGUAGAGGAUCAUCUGGUCUUGAGGGGGAAGGGUUCACCGACCAAAGUCAAGACGGAGGAGUUCAUGUUUGAAGAAGAAGACGAUGCUACAAGAACGGUGGAGAAUGUGAAAGAACCGGCUGGAGAUGGACAGCCUCCUAAAGAUGAAAAGCCAGGUGAACAGCCGGGAAUCGUGCGCAAAGUGGGGUCUGGAGUGUACAACACGGCAACAGGGGCGCUGGGAAUGGGCUUCAGCGGGAUCAAGUGGGUAGCAGGCACCAGCUACAGCGUCGUCACAAAGGUGCCAUCGGCAGGCUACGGAGUGGUCAGUUCUGGGGUCAGUUCAGUGACCAGUCGGCUACCGUCAGUGUCCAUACCCCUCUGGAGGGGCAAAGGCAAGGACAAGAAUGAUUGAUGUCACCAGGGUCAGUGUGUGACAGGGUUCUAAACUUAAAGGAUGUAGCAGUAUGGAGGGGAGAGCACUAGAGAAACUUCUCGGCUAACUGUGGACAGUAAUUACUAAUUAGCCUUCUGUGCAGACUUCUAGCGGGGCAGGGUUUGUUCCUGGAUACAGCUCUUCCCCAGAACAAGUCCCUCCCCCUGAAAAGAAACCGCCGCUCUAGUUUUUCGUAGAAAUAAACACUGCCCCCAGAAGUCUGCACAGGAGGCUACGGUAAUUACUUGAAGGCUAGAUGCUGAAAUGGCUUACAUGUUGCCUGUGCAGGGGAAUAGUUGCCAUACAUUGCAUAGCCCAAAAUUCAGGCUGAAUUUUGCAACCUCUUUGUAAUGUUUGGGGCCACAGUGGGAGUUGUCAUGUCUUCACUUCCCUAAUGACCAAGCUACUACAUGUGUAUUAAGGAAUAUGUGAUACUGAUAACAAAGGUGUUUAGCAUCUAGAUCAGCCAUUUCUGAAACUGAAUUUCACUUCAUAGUUGUAAACAAACUUAUAUAAAGAAAGAGAAGCUGGAACUGAUAGUCAUGCAUUACCAUCAAAUUUCUCAUGACCAUUUUGUGUAUAGCGUUACAUGUAUGUUAAUUUGUAGCUCAAUCAACAAGACUGGCUGUUAUGAUUAAGUCACUAUCAACGUAGAUAUGUGACAUAUUAGGAUUAGAUGUGCCUUAAAAGUAACAUUUUCCAAUGUGUGGAAAGUGUCAGAGUUCCAGUAUAUCUAUUUUUUUGCCACUGGUGUUUUGAAGAAUGUUGUGAUGAUAGCCAAGGGACCAGGAUAGCUACAGUGCCUGAAGAACCAUGACUGAUAAUUGACCAUUGACUGAAAUGCUGAAAGGUGCUUAUAUACUAGUAGUUGGAACUUCUACUACAUACAUGUUGUUACACAAAGCUGUAACAAGAUACAACGUGUAUCUCACUAUCCAGUGUUACUUGUAAUGUGUUACGGUAGAGCUAAUAAUAUUUUGUCAUUCCUGCAUUGAUAUUCCUCUCUAUUUUGUAUGAACUUAAGACUAGGGACCAUUUAGUGCCAAUUUAUAAGGAAAAAAGAAUUAUGCAUCUAUUUUGUAAGGUUUAUUGCCCUGUCAAACAAUGCAAGUUGCAGAAUCAUGCGUAAUGUGACCAAAAUCUGUGUGAGGACACUGUGUCUGGAGCAAGAUGAUGGAGCAGAGUAAGCCAGAAGUGAAGAAAUAUCUGGUUGUUACUUGUCAAAGUAGGAUCAGGAGAAAUUGUUCUGAAGAUAUCAUACUAGAGUGUAAAAACAUUGCAUUUGAAUUCAUAAGAAAUAUUUUCCACCAAAAUUGACUUUAGUAAUGUUGAGGGAUCAAGUCUAAAAGAAAC